UUUUUGAGGAAGCUACAUUAGAAAAUAAUAUUAAACAUUCCACUCAGAACAGGUCAUUACCAAGAUAUUUCAUAAUCGUUGACCACUGUCUACAUUUCUGCAGAUGUGGGUCAGGUUUCCGUGUCUGUCGACUGGGAAAGGCAGGACUGCAACAUAUGUUACUGAAGAGCACCUUCUUGAAGAAUAUACCAGAGGAGCUCAUGUGGAGGCUGACGGAGAAUGUGCCAGCGGUCGGUGUGUACCUUGAUCCAAGUGUAACAAAGGACGUGUUCCUGGACAUCCAGAACUUACCCUACGCUGGAGACAAUGAAAUACCUGUAUCUUGGAUUUCUCCCACCGUUUGUGGUACUCUGGGAAUGUUAGGGACAGAGAAAGAUUUCAGGAGACUGGGUCAUGCAACUCUGGUAACAAGGGUAGCAGCCAGACUAUUAGCUAGUAAGGGUUGCAUCCCUAACUGCAAUGUAGACAUCACAAACACAGCUUCUAAAGAGAUGUUUAAUAAGAUGACAGGAUGGGAACAAACUCACUCUGGAAUAUUGUUCAUGCCUGCUGAGAAGAAACAAAUAUAAGUUAGAAGGAAACAAUAACUUAAUAUAUUAGAUUUGUUUGAAAUGUGUCCAAAAUACCUAAAUUUAUAUAAAUAUGUUGUCAUAUAAAUAUCCACUUCUCCCUAAAUUGAUCUUGAAAACAUUUCUUCUUAAAGAAUCCCAAUGGAAAUAAUUCACUCUGACUUUUUUAGGGUUAUCCUAGGUUCUCUACACAUAUGCUGCUAUGUAUGAUAAUCUAUGUAACUGUAUUUGUGUAUACCUGAUUAAA